GGGCCCUGGGAGAGGUGGGAGCCGCUGUGUGUGGAGGCGCUGCUGCCGGUGUCAUGGCGGAGCUGAGUGAGGAGGCGCUGCUGUCAGUAUUACCGACGAUCCGGGUCCCUAAGGCUGGAGACCGGGUCCACAAAGACGAGUGCGCCUUCUCCUUCGACACGCCGGAGUCCGAGGGUGGCCUCUACGUCUGCAUGAACACAUUCCUGGGCUUUGGGAAACAGUAUGUGGAGAGACACUUCAACAAGACGGGCCAGCGAGUCUACCUGCACCUCCGGCGGACCCGGCGCCCGAAAGAGGAAGACACGACUGCAGGCACUGGAGACCCACCCCGGAAGAAGCCCACCCGGCUGGCUAUUGGUGUUGAAGGCGGGUUUGACCUCACUGAGGAAAAGUUUGAAUAUGACGAGGACGUGAAGAUUGUCAUUCUGCCAGAUUACCUGGAGAUUGCUCGAGAUGGGCUGGGGGGGCUGCCUGACAUUGUCAGAGAUCGGGUGACCAGUGCGGUAGAGGCCCUGCUCUCGGCCGACUCAGCCUCCCGCAAGCAGGAGGUGCAGGCCUGGGAUGGGGAAGUUCGGCAGGUGUCUAAGCAUGCCUUCAACCUCAAGCAGUUGGACAACCCUGCUCGAAUCCCUCCCUGUGGCUGGAAGUGCUCCAAGUGUGACAUGAGAGAGAACCUGUGGCUCAACCUGACAGAUGGCUCUAUCCUCUGCGGCCGACGCUACUUUGAUGGCAGCGGAGGCAACAACCACGCGGUGGAGCACUACAGGGAGACAGGCUACCCACUAGCUGUCAAGCUGGGCACCAUCACACCUGAUGGAGCUGACGUGUACUCAUACGAUGAAGAUGACAUGGUCCUGGACCCCAGCCUGGCUGAGCACCUCUCCCACUUUGGCAUCGAUAUGCUGAAGAUGCAGAAGACGGACAAGACGAUGACCGAGUUGGAGAUAGACAUGAACCAGCGGGUUGGCGAGUGGGAGCUGAUCCAGGAGUCCAGUGUGCCACUGAAGCCCCUGAGUGGGCCCGGCUACACAGGCAUCCGGAACUUGGGUAACAGCUGCUACCUCAACUCCGUGGUCCAGGUGCUGUUCAGCAUCCCCGACUUCCAGAGGAAGUAUGUGGAUAAGCUGGAGAAGAUCUUCCAGAAUGCCCCGACGGACCCUACCCAAGACUUCAGCACCCAGGUGGCCAAGCUGGGUCAUGGCCUUCUCUCGGGGGAGCAUUCCAAGCCGGCUCCGGAGUCAGGCGAAGGGGAGCAGGCGCCAGAGCAAAAGGACGUUCAAGAUGGCAUCGCCCCCCGGAUGUUCAAGGCCCUCAUCGGCAAGGGCCAUCCCGAGUUCUCCACCAACCGGCAGCAGGACGCCCAGGAGUUCUUCCUUCACCUGAUCAACAUGGUGGAGAGGAAUUGCCGGAGCUCCGAAAACCCCAAUGAAGUGUUCCGCUUCUUGGUGGAGGAGAAGAUCAAGUGCCUGGCCACGGAGAAGGUGAAGUACACCCAGAGAGUUGACUACAUCAUGCAGCUGCCCGUGCCCAUGGAUGCGGCCCUUAACAAAGAGGAGCUUCUGGAGUAUGAGGAGAAGAAGCGGCAAGCUGAGGAGGAGAAGUUACCACCGCCAGAGCUGGUUCGGGCCCAGGUGCCCUUCAGCUCCUGCCUGGAGGCCUAUGGGGCGCCUGAGCAGGUGGAUGACUUCUGGAGCACAGCCCUUCAGGCCAAGUCAGUAGCCGUCAAGACCACACGAUUUGCCUCGUUCCCUGACUACCUGGUCAUCCAGAUCAAGAAGUUCACCUUCGGCUUAGAUUGGGUGCCCAAGAAACUGGACGUGUCCAUCGAGAUGCCAGAGGAACUUGACAUCUCCCAGCUGAGGGGCACAGGGCUGCAGCCGGGAGAGGAGGAGCUGCCGGACAUUGCUCCACCCCUGGUCACUCCGGACGAGCCCAAAGGUAGCCUUGGUUUCUAUGGCAACGAAGACGAAGACUCCUUCUGCUCCCCUCACUUCUCCUCUCCGACAUCCCCCAUGCUGGAUGAGUCGGUCAUUAUCCAGCUGGUGGAGAUGGGCUUCCCGAUGGACGCCUGCCGCAAAGCUGUCUACUACACUGGCAACAGUGGGGCCGAGGCCGCCAUGAACUGGGUCAUGUCGCACAUGGACGAUCCAGGUAGGCAGCCGUGGGGGGCGGGGUGGGCAGGGCCCCGUCCGCCCCACAUGCUUCAUCCUCUCACGUCCGCAGAUUUCGCUAACCCCCUCGUCCUGCCUGGCUCCAGUGGGCCUGGCUCUACAAGUGCUGCUGCCGACCCCCCGCCAGAGGACUGUGUGACCACCAUCGUCUCCAUGGGCUUCUCCCGGGACCAGGCCCUCAAAGCUCUGCGGGCCACGAACAAUAGUUUAGAACGGGCUGUGGACUGGAUCUUCAGUCACAUCGACGACCUAGACGCCGAGGCUGCCAUGGACAUCUCAGAGGGCCGCUCGGCCGCCGACUCCAUCUCUGAGUCCGUGCCAGUGGGACCUAAAGUCCGGGAUGGCCCUGGAAAGUAUCAGCUCUUUGCCUUCAUUAGUCACAUGGGCACCUCUACCAUGUGUGGGCACUACGUCUGCCACAUCAAGAAGGAAGGCAGAUGGGUGAUCUACAAUGACCAGAAAGUGUGUGCCUCUGAGAAGCCACCCAAGGACCUGGGCUACAUCUACUUCUACCAGAGAGUGGCCAGCUAAGAGCCUGCCCUCACCCCUUACCACGGAGGGCAGCGGCAGACCACCCGGCAUGAGGGAUAGGGCUGAGGGCAGACAUCAGCCCGCCUGCUCUGUCCCCUUUUUCUUUUUGUCCCGGCAGCAGGGAAGAAGCCGGAGGCCAUCAGGGAAUGGCCAGCAAAGCAAGGCGGAGGGGCACUUUACAGACUGGGGAUGGAGCAGGAGGGGCGGCGGCCGAGUGCCGGGAGUGCCGGGCUGCGAGGAGAUGCGGGGGCUUCCCUGACCCUGGAAUCCGCCCACUCUGCUUCUCUGUGUAACCCUGCCCAGCCCCUGCGUGGAGGGGAAGGGUCUUGUGUGUGCGUGUGCGUGUGGGUGUAGCUCUGUGCAUCCUCUUCCGGGAGGGGAGCGUCUGUGCCUCCCCUCCCCUGUUGUGUUUGCCCUGUGCGGUUGGCAAGGAGGGACGUGGGGACCCCCGGCCCUCCCGCCUCAGCCUUCCCCCGUCUCUUCCCUGCCCUUCUCUGGAACACGCCAAAAUACACGAUGUGAAUAAAGGUACUGUGGCUCCA